AUGACGUCGAUAUUUCUCGUCGACAAUACGUUGCCGGAGCCCGAAUCCGACUCAGUCGAGCCCCUUAGCCCUUCCACCAGCAAACAAAGCAAGUCUUUGGCAAAAAGGAUUACACGCAGCUCUGUCAGAAAGAACCUUGCCAGGAGGAAAUAUGCGAAGUGGCAACAAGAACGAUAUGAUACGCGCGACGGAGCGUCGAGCAGGGAAAACUCUCUAUCGAGGAAUACAACCCUUCGUGAACCAAUCGUGCAAAUCAAGCGGACACAACAGACUAUUGACAGCACUGAUGGUGAGGUAACGGAUGCAGAAUCCUUACUCCCUGGCCAUGGCUCGCAGAGCGAAAUCGACGUCCUCUACGAAAACCAGCGAGGAUGGUUCUUCUUUGGCAUGCCCCAUUACUCCGAAAAAUCCCUCCUAAACCUCGAUCCGUCCGCGUGGCUUACCAAGAAUCUCGAAGUAAGUCCCGUAGAUAUUUCUAACGCCCAGCCCCCAGACCCGAGCUGGAAAUGGGCGUGGCAGACCUGGUAUAUCGAUAUGUCCUACGACGUGGACGAGGAAGGAUGGCAGUACUCAUUUUCCUUCGCGUCGAAAUUCGCGUGGCACGGAACGCAUCCUUGGUAUCACUCGUUCGUGCGCCGGCGGCGCUGGAUUCGGAAACGAGUGAAAACGGGUUUGGCGUCGCGUCAGACGGUUCUUACGGAAGAUCGGGCGCACGCGUACUCCGCGCUGGAUGAGUUCAUCACCGCACGCACUGGGACCGGGACUGCAGAGCCGAGUACCAUUGCUGAGGACCGUGCAAGCUACGCGAGCUGGAGUCAACUGGACCCGGACGAAGAGAUUUCGCCGGACGAGAUUACGAAUACUGUCGUUUUGAUGAAAGCAGUGAGGAAAGCUUCGCUCGAUAGAGAGAAGAUAGAGGCUGUGAAAAGCUUUGUUCUUUUGGGCGAGGAGGAGCUAGUGCUCCUUGAAGACAGAAUACCGGAUAUUAUGUCCGCGCUUGUUUUCCACACCUCUAAGCGACAGCUGGCCGAAUUUCUAGUUAGUAAGAUCGAGGAGAUCCCUAAAAACACCGACGAUGAGAGCGCCAGAUCCAAACGGGAGUAUCUUAUCAAGGCCGUUGAUGCUAUUCACCGCCAGGAUAAGGACUUUGAAUUCUGGGAAGAUACCGGCCCUGCUGUUGGUUCGGAUAAGGGCAAAAAUGCGUUCUAG